AUGGAAGUAGAUUGUUCAACUCCUGUUCCUCGUCGUAUUAAACGUAAAAUAAGUGAGUCAGGUAGCGAUAAUAAUGAAAGUGAAGAAUUCAAUUUUAAUAGAGCUUGUAAAAAAGUUUCUCAGCCUGUUACUACUAAAAAAAAAAGCUCUGAAGAACAUGAAAAAUUAGAACUUAUAGGUGAAGAUUCAUUCAAUGAAGGAUGUCCUCCCGACGGCUAUGAUAACGUGAAUUAUACUAUACCAUGCCGUACACUUGAUAAUUUCAUAAUAUUUGAUGUAAACAAUAAAAAUCGAAUUGCUAGUAUUGAGGAAAUUGAUGAUCUAGGGAAGGAAUUGCAUGCCGCGGGAAUAGUAAAAGCAAUAUAUGUCGAUGAAGAUGAUGAAGAACUUAUUGAAGAUGAACUUAGUGAGGAAUUAAGACUUCCUGAUCAACAAUUUAGAACCACUACUAUAUUCCAUUUUCAAAUCGAACAACUUGAAAAUAGUAAAAGCGAAAUUUGGAUACGAACGCAAUUUGCCUUUUAUAAAUUGCUUAAACCAGCUGAAGAAUAUCUUAGAACUUUUGAACCUAUCUAUAAAAAAAUUAGAGCCGCGAAUUUAACAAUUGAAACGCUGGCUUCUAAUUCAGAAAUCACUUAUGAGAAAUUCAUUAAGUCUAUAAAAGAAUCAGCUUCUUCCUCUCCCUCUCCUUCCUCUUCUUCUAGUCAGAUUGGUAAUGAAUUAAUAAAAAUUAAAUUAACGGAAAAAGAUAUAAUCAACAAUAUUGAUUAUAUUGCUGAAGAAAUUCAAGCUUGGAUCUCUGAACAAUCAGAAUUUGGAAUUCUUGAAUGUCCGUUACUUGAUACACUUUUUCAGAUACUAUCAAAUGGUACAUAUACAAGAACAAAAAAAGUUGGUAUGACUAAUGCUGAUAACAUUAGAACAAAAAGAAAUAUUACCAUAAAAAAUCCAAAUACAGCUGUUUUGACUAAUACAAAUCAAACAUGCGUUACACCAUUCAUACAAAAUCUUACAAAAGGUCUAUUUAAACGAAAACUGAUCACAAUUAAACAAGUAGAAGAUGCAGCAGAUGUGACUUCUGAUGAUGAAAUAGAAUGUGAUAAUAUUCCAAUAGUGAUGAUCAAACCAAUCACUCAUUGUAUUAAAUGGGAUUUUGGUGAUGUGGUAUAUGUUCGUAAUGGUGAAUCCGACGAACCACAAUUUGUAAAAGUAAUUUACAUGUAUGAGGAUUCGAAAAAGAAUAAGAUGUUUCAUUCAAGAUUCUUCAAUCAUGGAAAAGAAACAAUCCUUGAUGAAUUGGCUGGCGAUCGUGAAAUCUUUUUGUUGGACACUUGUGUUGAUGGUAAACUUGAUACUAUCCUUGGUAAGGCAUUUGUUGAAUAUCUAGAAGUUUGCAAAGAUGAAUCCUUUAUCUUCGAAAGUAAUCAAUACCAUUUUUAUAGGUAUUGGUAUGAUAAAGAAUAUGCUGUUUUUGAAGAUGUCAGACUACACGAAGAUCCAAAUAUGAAAUUCAUCUAUUGUGAUGAUAAUGAAGAAUGUCACUCAUGUGAAAGCCAUCUUACAAAAGAACACAGCGUGUAUCCCAAACAGCUUUCACCUGAUAAAUCUUUUGAUAAGGGCUUUAUAUAUAAAGACUAUGAAUAUCAUCAAUAUGAUUUCAUUUACAUUAUACCAGAAGAAAAGGAUUUACCUUAUGUUAUUGGUCAAAUAAUCGAAAUUAUCGAAGAUACAGCGAGUGUUCAAGUAACAAUCGAUAAUAUAUUUUCAACAGGAAGAAAUGCAAAUUCUAAAUCUAGUCAAAAGAACAAUACCACUAAAGUUUUAUCUAAUGAUAUUAAAUUGAUGGUACAUAUUCUUGGCCGUGUUGAUGAUUUGAGUAGUUCUUCAUCGAAACCUAAAUUUAAAUCACCUGAAGAGGCUACAUAUAAAGAUAUUGUUCAAUAUCCUAUGAUAAAAAAAGAUAGUCGUCAUCUUUAUUAUACAAAUAAAAAAUUAUUUAUUAGUGAUAUUAACAAUCUUGAGGGUGUUUGUUGGGUGCAACAUUUAGACACUAUUGAAGAUCUUGACAAGUAUAAAGAAGAAAAUGAUAGUUUUUAUGUUGAAAAAAUAUCAAAAAUCAACUCGCCAAAAAAUUCAGAUUUAUUAAAAUUGGAGCCUGAGUGUUUCUCCACAUGUUCAAUUUGUAAAGACAAACGUGAAAAACAUAAACACAAAUUGGAAAAUUUCUUUGAAUGUAUAAAUUCUCAAAAGCGAAAAUUACGAGCAAUGGAUAUCUUCUCAGGCUGUGGUGGAAUAACAAUUGGUAUGGAUAUGACAGGAAUUGUUAACACUAAAUGGGCUAUAGAAUUUGCUCCUAGCGCAGCUUUAACUUUUAAAAAUAAUAAUCCUGAUGCAAUUGUUUAUAACCAGUGUGCAAAUUUAUUACUUGAACGUACAAUUGCUGAACAUGUCAGGAAUGAAAGGCCGGAGGAAAUAUAUGAUUUUCUGAAACAAAAAGUCCCUAGUAUGCCAAGACCUGGUGAAGUUGAUUUUAUUUAUUGUGGUCCACCUUGUCAAGGAUUUAGUGGUGUGAAUCGUUAUCAAAAAGCCGACGAUAUCAAAAAUAGUCUUGUAGCAACAGCGUUGAGUUAUGUUGAUUUUUAUAGGCCUGAUUACUUUUUAUUAGAGAAUGUUCGUGGAAUGCUUUCAUUUCGUCUAGGAGGAGAGCAAGAUGGUAUUAAGAUAAAAGGAGGAAUCAAGAUGGGCGUAAUUAAAUUCAUAUUAAGAUCAUUGACUGCAUUGGGAUUCGGUGUUCAACAGGCUGGCAAUCAUGGUAUACCACAAAGUAGGCGUCGUUUAUUUAUAUGGGGAGCAAAAAGAGAUUGUUAUCUACCUGAUUUCCCACAAAUAUCAACAUGUUUUGGAAAACAAGGAUCCAUAAAUAUUUUAUUACCAAAUGGUAAAUCAUUCACUUACAACAAACGAACAAAUGGUCAUGCACCACUUCCACCAAUAACUGUAGGAGAUGCUAUCACUGAUUUACCAAAAUUUGAAUUUGUAAAUCCUAAAUUUAUUUAUAAAGAAGACGAUGAUGAUCAAGUUGCUCGUCCAUUUAAACAAAUAGCAGUUCCAGAAAAAGGUUGGGUCGGUGACAUGAAGACAAAAUAUGUGUUUGAACCAGUAUCUGAAUAUCAGAGACUAUGUCGUAAAGAUUCUGAAUUUUUAUAUAAUCAUGUAACAAGAGCCUUUAAUCCAUUGACUGUGGAACGUAUUGUUCGCAUACCAAUGUUUCCAGGUGCUGAUCACUCUAACCUUCCAGAAAAACUUAAACCUUGGUGUCUGAGUGAUCCUAAUUCGGCUGCAAGUAGACAUAAUGACUGUGAUACAUCCGAAUCAAAGGCGAAUUAUUACAGUUAG